GGGGCGCAUGAAGGCGGAAGCCGCAGGCGGAGGCUGCCGCCGCCGCUCUCGGUAGGUGGUGGGGCGGCGGGGGAGGGGCGGCGCCGAGCUGAGCUGCCUCUGGAGGAGGGGGCGCGGGGGGGCCGGGCUCGGGCUGUGGGGCCUCCUCGUUCCGGCCCCGCGGGGUACGUGGGGUCAGCGAUCCGGGGCGGUGCGGGACACGGACCCGAAGGCGGUGUCGGCAGGGAAAGGGAAAGCAAAAGCGGCACUGUGCUUGAACUGCCCUUCACCCCGCUGUCACACGGCUGGGGCUGAAUCAAAGCGCUUCUGUGAGCGGGGUGCAGCUCCGGGUAGCAUCAUCCCCUGCAGAGAAAACUGCGCGUUCUGUUUUCCUGGUGUGCAAACGUGUAGGUGACGGGGGGGAAAUGACAACCAAACAGUGCAGGUCCUUGCAGGAAAGAAACAAACAAACACGGUGAGCAGUGCAAGUGAGUUCCUGUUUCAAACGGAAAGCGGAGCUGGAAUGUGUUGGAAGUGCCCUCUGCUCUCCACCCGGUCACUUAAUUGUAUUUGGCACAGAACUAAUUACUGCUUUAACGUUUUUCCUUCUGUGUACUUUAGGCAAUUAAAAAUGCAUGAUGUGACUGAAGUAGUUCAACAAAGCAGCCUUGCCAACUCGCCAAGCCUCUCAAGAGUCCCACAGCCCGUACCAUUGGCUAACUGAUAAGCUGUAUUUGGGCAUAGGAACUAUGCCUGAUUCUAUGGAAGGUUUACAGAUCUCCGUAGAUGUAGAGCUAAACAUUGAGGACUACGCUCCAUCUUCAGUUUGGAGAAAGCUGAAGCCUUAAUGUAGGCCACUUGGUUUGAGGAUGGGCAGGUGCACGCUGUCCAAACAUAGCUGUUCCUUCCUCCUCCAAACACAACAGCAGCUCUGUCCAAACCUGAAAGUAGAAAGAGAGAAAGAAAUGAUGAAGCCUCCGGAGAAAGCAUUUUAGCACUGUAUCGAGUUUGCUUUCCUUACUGCAGCUUCCCUGUGGUAGUUAUUAGGGCCGUAGGCUCCAAAGAUACCCAUCAGAAGACUUCACAGCUCCAUGAAUUUGGGCAGGCUACAAGAAAGAGAUUAUCGGUUUGUGGGUAAGGCAAAAUAUUCAAGUUAGGCAGCUCGUGCUCUUCAGGUUAUGCUGCUUUUCAUAGGAAAAAAAAAUGCCUUUUUAAAUAUUUCUGUGCCUAAAUAUGGAUAGAUUUCAUGGAAGUUUUGCCAUAUCUAUGUUACAUGAGAUGUUUUAGUCUCAGCGUGUCUUAGAAAUACAUUGUAAAAGGCAUGGGGGGAAGAAAACCAAACGUUUGUUUCUGAAAGGAAUGAAUAUCAACAUUUGUGAGACAGCAUCGUUUGCGGAAGCUGUUUCCCAAACCACACCUUUAGGUUUCCUCCCACACUUCAAGUGUACUACUAAUGCUAGAAAGUGAAAAUGACUCACAAAUUCAGCUCAGAGGGAUGAGCAUUGGUGACUUAAAGAAGAUGGCGCGUGUAGGCCUAGCAAAGACGUAACUGCCAGCACUGAGUGCUCAGAACUGAAACUGAGAUGCCAUGUGGUACCAGGUGCCAUAGUUUCUUUUUGUGAGGACCUUAGGCUAAAGGUUUGGGUUAUUUCCCCCACUUGUUCCCUAGGUGAAAAGGUACUUUAGGAGAUACAUAUUUAUUUUGCACAGUUGUGACUGCACAGCCAUGAAGCUAACUUAAAUCUGUCUACACAAAAUGGUAUACUCACAUGUCAUACAUAGCAAACAAACCUACAAGUGCCCAUUGCAAAUCAUGGCGUAGUUGGUAAACCAUUCCAGUAUUUGCGUUCCAGUUAUGCUGAACAAUAGUUUUGCUUUUCAGUUUGCAUUGUUUGUGGCAUUACAUCUGUUUUCUCAGCUAUUUUGGCAGGCACCCAGCUGCCUCCCCACUAUACACGCUCCCUGACUAGUUGAUUUAUUUGUUUGCAUGCCCUCUGCCCUGUUGAAUUCUGGUACCUCGCCAGGUUCUGCCUAUUCACAUUUGCAACCCGAGAGUCAGCAUAACUAGCAUUUUGUUCUAGUCUUGUAUCUUGCUGUCUCAUAUCAGGCUGUCAGCUGAAGCCUGGCUUAGAUCCUAAUUCUUCCUACUCCUAUGGGAGACAUGGAGGUGUGGGAAGCCUUAGGGCACGGAUAUUACAUUCCCUUCGAUGCACAGGGUGAGGAUGAGAGGGCAAAUCCCAUAAACUGCAGGAACAGAAUUCGGACCGGAUAAAAAAGAAAACAAGUCUGAUGGUCAAGCACUCAGUUUUCCAAAUAUCACAAAGGAUGGAUAUUCUGCACUUAACUAGACAUGGCUACCAGUGUCCUGACCUGAUGUUUUCCCCGCUUUGAGCAGGAGAUUGGACUAGAGACCUCCCAAGGUUCUCUCUGGUCUGAAUUAUCCCACAGUUCUAAGAAAGCGUUGGACCCCCACCAGGCUUGAACCACCUGUCCAUAUGGCAGCAAGCUAAACAGGACUAGGAUACCCGACACCAGCAAGUUCUAGUUUAUUUUGGGCACAGCUGAUGAAGAAGAAAAUAUCAUGAUCUGCGUAAGAUACCUCCUCAUACAGAGAUGUAACUGACAGCCAGAAGCAAUUAGAUACAGAAAUGUCUGAGUUUCCAUAGAAACUAACUUGGAUACUCCCCCUCCUGUAACCAAGCUCUCAGAACAGCCCACCACCCCCAGCACACGCUAGUAAGCAUCACUGUCUGGCUUGGAUGCUAGUCACAGAAUCCAGGGCUCUACUGUACCAUGCAAUAUCAAUAAUAGAUUUCAACAUGCUGAAUUAUCAACAGUCUGUUUAAAGCAUGUGAUGGGUGCAUAACAUAUCUCAGCAAAUUGUAAAGGCUGAAUAUACCUAUACUGACAUCAGAAUGUGCCCAGAACAUUCGCAGACCCAGCUGCUGGAAGGUGCAUCCAGGUACAACACAGAUUAUUUUGUACGGAAGCAAGACCGUUCUCAGUCUCAGGAAGCACAUACUGUAACCUGAUAAAUUGCCACUCCCCAGGUUGGUUUACUGGAGCAGUACACAAACAUCUUGGCAUUACAGUCCCGUACCUUUAAUCUUCCCUUUCCCCAUUCUAGUUGAGCUACCCUACUCCUGUACCCUGUGCUCUUAAACAGAUGAAGUCUUUCAGUGAGCACAAGAGCAAGCCAGCAUCCCAGUGUCUCACCAUUUUGCCAUUUGAAUGAUCAAGUUGUAUUCCCUCAACUCUUCCUGUCCCACUGCCAGCCUCCUCCCUCAUACUCUACAUACCUUUAGUGUAAAGGCAAGUAUUGUCAUUGAUCAGGAAGAGGAUUUUGCUAAACACCAAGCCACAGUUCUUUCCAUACACUGAUAAACAGUUACUUUAGUUGAAUAACUGUAUUUUCUUUCCAUACAAGUGUUCUGCAGAAGUAUGCUGUGGUAAUGAAAAUAGAAAACAAGAUGAUCACAGAACUUUCAGCAAGCCCGUAAAAUACUUAGCUUCCAGUGCAGCUUGUUUCAAGAGACCACUAAUAAUAAAAUGAACUUUGAACAUAGUAUAGGAAAUACUAAUUUCCUUCAGAUGCUUCCUCUGUCUCUAUGGUUGCAAGGCACAGUUGCUUUCUCCUGGUUUCUAAAUAGAAUCCAGGCACAAAAUAGAGAAAGUUUCAGUCUGUUGAAUAAGAGCAGCCAUGUUGUGCUAGAUAGCUCUGAAGAUUUUGAGUUUAGGUUUUUGGGGGGUGACUGUUUUAUUCUUUCAUCUCCUUGAUAUGAAGUGACCAAACAGUACAUGUCUUCCCACAUUAGCAUUGGUUAUAGAAGUGCACAUGCAAUUACUGACCUCAUACACCUCUUUUCUCUUUAUGCACUAGAUAUUCAGUUGUAAUACCCCAAUAUUAGUCAGUCCACUAACGAAUGCCUUUUGAAAGAUGAAUACAAACCAACCUAACUGUAGGACUUUGUGCAGCCAGCUAAGAAAGUCCCUGAUUUCAUCUACUUUUAAAGUGCCUAGAACAAGAGUUAGAACAGGACUUGCCUUCCCCUGUUCCUGGAAACAGAGUCCCACAGCACAUGCAAAGGUGCUUUUUGUCUUUGCUGCUGUUAAAGAAUUCAUCUCCUCCACCUUAGGGUCAGUCCUGCAAUUCUCAGCCCCUGAAUCUCACAGUUAACAGCUGCCCAACACUGAUAAACUCACACAAGAGGAAAAAAAAAUACUAGAUUUCUAGAAAUGUUACAUGGACCAAGUUUCUCAGUAAGAGACCAGAAAUACCACAAGAACAUUCUGCUAUCAAGAAGCCAAUGCUAGAGAGGCCCACAACAGAAAAGACUUAGCUGUAUGGUUCAAGGGAUUGUAAUGCCAAGCAAAGGCCUGCCUACAGCUCCUUCACUGACAAGGGUAGAUAUGCUAGCCUGUGAAAAUGGUGUCUCCAGGCUUACAAGCCAACAGAGUUCAUGUAUGGUCAGGAAGGAAAAAUAGUAAAUAGGCUUUCUGCAGCAUGCGAGAAAUUGAACAGGUCUGUUUUGUACCUUCAUUCACAGCUGUACCUCUUGUACUACAUUUAGCCCCUUUAUUCCUCCCUCUAAAGAGAAGACUGAGCACAACGCAGAUUUGAGAUGGGGUUAGAUAAUGUACGGUUACAAUAGAAUCCCUUGUCAUUUUUAAGAUCGACAGACGCUGACAGGCACAAGAAUUCCUAGAUAUAUUAGCAGUGAUUCCCUGCACCCAGCUGGUACACUGCACAUGAAAUAGCACACUACCACUGUUUGGGCUAUCAGAUUUUAGGCAGUAACAAAGGCAUAAAACACACUAGAGAAACACUACAAUUAGACCACAUAGUUGGCAAAGCAAGACACUGCUCUGCUAACACUGAUACCCCUCUGUAGCAACUUUGUAGACUACAUUUAACACAGUAGAGACAUAUAUAACAUUAUCAGCUAACCAAGAGCACUGCACUUAAUUCAGAAAACCAGAAUACCAACCCAAUUUUCCCCCACCCUCACUCAAGCAACCACUUUCCACAACUGUACCCACCCAAUCCCAGCUGCCUCUCGUACAGCUAUUAUGAAGCUGAGGGCACUCAGUAUAUCAGCUAUGUGAUUCCUUCUGGUCAGCCCCCACUCACUGUUCAAUGGCGAGUAGGCAACAAUCCACAAAAAUCUCAUAUAUGUGUGUAUAUAUAUAUAAAAUUAAGCUACUUCUACAAUAUAUGCCUUUGCUAAAAUUUGUUGUGCAGAUGCAAUGUCCAGUUUAGCUGUAGCACAUCACACUUCUUUUCUCCUCUAGCCUCACUUCCACCUAUGCUGACACACAGUAAGGCUGCAUCAAAGGUCAUGCUGUUUUCUCUACCCAACAAAAGUCUUAGAAUUGAGAAAACAGCUCAUUUAUUACAUGUAAUUCUGCUUUUUGUUGCAAUUAUUUCACUCUUUAGAGGCUCACUUUGAUACAACUCCCUAAUUUGUUGAAAAGGUACAUUUUUUGGAGCAUUGACCACAUUAAAACACCUCAACUCUGUAAAUGUGGUUUGUUUGAAUUUGUUCCUCAUUUGGACAGUAUCUCAGCCUAAUUUGUUUUUGCUGCAUUUACUGUCUUAGUGAAUUUCUGAUCAACACCUAGUAAUGCUCACUCCUUCACUUGCCUUUCUUUUAAUAUUAUCUGCCUUGCCUCAAUCUAUCACUCGUAUUUCCCAGGAGCAAAUAAAACGAUACAGUAAUGUUUUGUCUGCUUCAAAGGCAGUCAUCUUAUUUCUAGGAAAAACAUCUACCUGUCAUGAAAAAGAAUCCAUUAUUCAUCUCUUCAGCUGAUGAUGGAUAGCUUCCCUGUAUAAUCGACCUGAAUGUGCUUCCUAGAAGGCAGUCUUAUCAGAGCUUCUCUUCUGAGCUCGAUGCCCUGGUUUUGCUGGCAAAGAGCAGACAACCAUUAAUAUACAUUUGCAAUUUUUUUCCAUCGCACCCAGCAAGCACUACCACCUAGCUUCCUUUUGUUUUAGACAGCAUAAGGUGAAUUCCUUCAGGCAGUGCAAUAACUGUUUUCACAUUUCUUAGUGCCAUCCAGACAGCUUCUUCCUCACUGACCAUGCACAGAAUACCUUGCAGUACUUCGGGAGAUUUCUAAUGUGGCAUUCCCUGUCUAUGGCUGGUACUAUUAAACAGUGGUUUCAUCUCUUCAUUGUUUGUUUGGAUUUGUUGGAUUUGUUCUGCUUUUGCUGAUAACCCCUUGUGACUGUCCCUCAUAUGCCACUAAGCUAUUUCCCAGAGCCACUGGAGGAGAGGCUGUUAUAACUGUGCCGUAAGCAGCCAUGUCAGCUAAGGUAUUUCCUUUUCCUAAUGUGCUUUUUUGAGUGUCUGCUCUGACAACUAGGCAUAGUCCAUCAGAUCUAACUGCUGCAACUUCUCACAUUCUUCAGAGACAAUGGAAAGGGUAAAUUACAGGAUGCUAAGAGAGGAAUCAUGAGAUUUUGAGAGCAUAACCACAUGCAUGAAACAGCAACUUCCAGCUAGCUUUUUGCAGGCAUUCCCCCAUAUGCUGUAAGGACCUUCCUAUAGUGUCAGUGGCAGCAGUAUGGGAUGGCCCUCUAUACUGCCUACACUAAAGGAAAUAUCCCCUCUUCAGAGACGCACAGUGAAGUCAAAAGGAGCUGUACAUGCUAGCUUGAAGUCAGCACAAUAAAGAAGCUCACUGCAAAGCCUGUAGUUUCAGAUGGUAUUGUACAGAAUGGAAAUGUGCUCAGCUAAGGAAGAUAAAGCAAAUAACAGGAGAGAAUAAAGCUUUCAGAUUUUAUAGUAAAAUAUCAAGAGAAAGACUGAAGGUGCAGUGUACGUUACAAUGAAGCUAUUUGAGGAUAUUGAGCAAUGUGGAAUUUGGCAAAAAUUGUGACAGAUCUGCUGUUUGUUACAAACGUCAUAGAAAUGCAAAGGCAACAAGGGGUUUGGCAAUAGGUUGGGAAGUGAAAAUAUGUAUAUAUCCCCACAUGCAACAUACUUUUGGACUGGAAAACCAGGAGUCAAAAAAUCAGUAGUAAUGUCAUGUUCUGCCAGUUUGAUAUGCUGAUGUAUCCCUGUCUAUUUUCAGUAUCAUUCAGGAUAAUUUCUCUCUGGUAGAAUUGUUUUUGAUGGUUCUCCUUUGACUGAAGAGUUGGUUUGAUUUAUUUACGGUGCUAGAUGAAUCAGAGGACCACUUGUAAGCAAAAGACACAAACCUUUGCUGAUUCUGUUGUCUCACAGAUUUCAUUCUGCUGCAGCUUUUGGCUGAGCAUUUCUGCCUGGGAUGGCGGAGGAUCAGGAGCUGACUCAGCCACACAAAGCUCAACUCGAGUCCUCUCUUCAGCAGCGCACCAGCAACACAUACCGCAGUGCAGAGCACUCUCAGGCUUUGCUCAGUGGCUUGGUAUCUCUCCGAGACAGCAGCAUCCUCUUUGAUGUAGUUCUUGUAGUGGAAGAGAAACCUAUUGAGGCUCAUCGGAUACUGCUAGCUGCAUCUUGUGACUAUUUCAGAGGAAUGUUUGCAGGAGGACUGAGAGAGAUGGAACAAGAAGAAGUUCAUAUUCAUGGCAUCUCCUACAACGCAAUGUGUAAAAUCUUGAAUUUCAUUUAUACUUCUGAGCUGGAACUCAGUGUGAACAGUGUACAGGAAACCUUAGCCGCAGCCUGUCAGCUUCAGAUUCCAGAAGUCAUUAAGUUCUGUUGUGAUUUUCUAAUGUCCUGGGUAGAUGAAGAGAACAUCCUCGAUGUAUACAAACUAGCUGACCAUUAUGACUUGAGACACUUGAGCGACCAGCUGGACUCCUACAUUUUGAAGAACUUUGCAGCUUUCUCAAGGACACAAGCGUACCGACAGCUACCCUUGCAGAAGGUCUACUCCCUUCUCAGUAGCAACCGUUUGGAGGUUAACUAUGAAUUUGAAGUUUAUGAUGGUGCACUUUUUUAUCAUUAUUCUCCAGAGCAACUGGAGACAGAUCAGGUCUCCCUGAUGGAGCCCCUUAAGCUACUUGAGACAGUUCGUUUUCCUCUGAUGGAACCCCAGAUCCUGCAAAGGCUUCAUGACAAAUUAAGUCCAUGUCCUUUAAAAGAUACAGUCGCAGAUGCACUAAUGUACCACAAGAAUGAAUGUCUUCAGCCAAUGCUCCAGAGCUCCCAGACACAGCUGAGAUCAGAGUUCCAGUGUGUAGUGGGAUUUGGAGGGAUGCAUUCUACUCCAUCCAUUGUUCUCAGUGAUCAAGCCAAGUAUCUGAACCCCCUGUUGGGAGAGUGGAGGCACUUUACAGCUGCACUAGCCCCCAGAAUGUCCAACCAGGGGAUUGCUGUUCUCAAUAAUUUUGUAUAUUUAAUUGGUGGAGACAACAAUGUAAGUGGUUUUCGAGCAGAGUCAAGGUGUUGGAGGUAUGACCCACGACACAACAAAUGGUUCCAGAUCCAGUCCCUACAGCAAGAGCAUGCUGACCUCAGUGUUUGUGUUGUGGACAAUUAUAUAUAUGCCGUCGCAGGCCGAGAUUACCAUGAAGACCUGAGAGAAGUGGAGAGGUAUGACCCUAAAAGCAACACUUGGGAAUAUGUGACACCUCUGAAGAAGGAGGUAUAUGCACACGCUGGAGCAGCACUGGAUGGGAAGAUGUAUAUUACCUGUGGGAGGAGAGGAGAAGAUUAUUUGAAGGAGCUGCAAUGUUAUGAUCCAAAGACUGACCGCUGGGAAGUUUUAGCAGAUGGUCCAGAGAGACGUGCUUGGCAUGGCAUGGCUGCACUGCUGGGAAAGCUCUAUGUAAUUGGAGGAAGCAACAAUGAUUCUGGCUACAGAAGGGAUGUUCACCAGGUUGCCUGCUACAGGCCAAGCACUGAUCAGUGGACAAAUGUAUGUCCACUUCCUGCAGGACAUGGAGAGCCAGGUAUCGCUGUCUUAGACAACAGGAUCUACGUCCUGGGAGGCAGAUCCCACAACAGAGGAAUCCGCAUGGACUAUGUCCACAUUUAUGAUGCAGAGAGAGACUGUUGGGAGGAUGGACCCCAGUUGGAGGAUGAUAUUUCUGGGAUGGCUGCCUGUGUCCUCACCUUGCCCAGGGCUAUUUUAAUGGAAACAGAGAAAUGGUUCUCAGAAUGGCAUGCAGACCGCAUGAAGUAUCACCUUGACCUUCCAUCAGAAGUUAUGAGCGUAUCAGACUGGGAGGAAUUUGACAAUUCAAGUGAAGAUUAAAAAAUUUAGUAUUUAUUUUUUGCCAGUAGUUGAGGAAAUUAAGUCUUGAAAGAAAAAAAAAACACAAAGAUUUUAUAUGUCUUUCUUAUAUACGUAAAUAUGUAUUUAAAAGUUUGAAAACUACGUGUUCUGCACAAAAUGACAUUCGCUGUCAUUAUCUGCUCAUCUGCAAGUGUUUUGCACAAAAUGUCACUACCAGUCAGUAUCUGCUCACCUGCCAGAAAGCAGAAUUUUUCAAGUAACCACAGAACUGCCAUUUCCCCCCAGAUAAAGUAGAGAGGUUCUUUUCCUUUGAAGGAGACUUCUCUCAACUUUCAGCAUGGACAGAAAAAAAAAAGGCACAGAAAGCUCAGCUUGACUAGCUUCUUUCCUUCCAGCUUUUAGUGUGAAAUAGCUUUUUGAGUUGGGGGAGAUUUUUUUUUUUCCAGGUAAUAAAACCUUCUGGCAAGCCUAACAUAGGAAGGUAAGAACUAGCAUCUCCCUCCUGUGCCAGGCGUCAGGCAGCUUGAUCAUUUCUAGCCAGACUGAACAUACAGAAGCAGGAACAGUAGCAAGAAAUCUGAACCUUCAUCUCAUCUGGGCAUGCAGCCAUCCUCAUAACUGGGUUAGAGUCUGUGAGCUGACACCCACUCCUGAAUUUCUAUACUACAGGUGCUGAAAUGCAGCAGAAAGUAGAUUUCCAGAAUAAGCUCUUUGUACAGAAUAUGGCAAUCUCAUCAUUCAACUGUCAGACACAUUUGUUCACAAGCAUAAAUUAAUUAAUAAAUCUUUGUCAGAA